AAUACAUUCUCAUGGACAUUCUCUCUGCCAGUAGCUAACUAACAUAAUAAAAAGCGAGGGAAUACGACGUUACCCUAUAAAACACACACGUCGAUGAAUGCGUCUGUUGCUCUGCCACUUGUUUAGGCUAUGUUCAGACACCAUCAACACUAAUAUUAUACAGACGGAAUCUUGGCUACUGGAGAUAUCAAUGGAUAAAUUUGUUGUCAGGUCUCCUAGGAAAGCACCUGAAAAGUCGGCAAUGAAGCAUGGAGAAAAGGUCUAUCGCCAGACCACUAUUGAAUCUCUACGGAGAGUUGUUGUAAUUGAAGACAUCGAACGGUACAAAGCUAUACUUGAAUUAUCUGGUCAAACUAAAGAAAACAUGUUAAUGGCUUUGACGGAACUCAAUAAGAAGAUGCCAUCUAAGGAAGUACUGAGGACCACACAAAUAGGGCAUGUAGUGAAUAAGACGAGAAAGAACGCAGACCCAGAAGUAAACUCUUUGGCUAAGGAGGUCUACAAAAAAUGGAGAACUUUUGUUGAGGAGAAUGCAAACAAACCCUCUAUAGAAGUUCGCUGCGAUAAACAAACCGAGGAGCUGCGGGACAAUGCAAGACGGCUCCUCUCUGAAGCUAUGGGAUUAGAGAAAUCACAUGGCCUUGUGGAGAAUAUUGAGAGAGAAGUGUUCCAUCAAAGUGUUCGUCUUAUUAAUGGUGGUUACAGACGAACUGUGAGGGCCUUGGUCUUUGCCCUGAAACACAAGCCUGACUUAAGAGCUCAAGUGAAGGAUAGUAAGCUUUCUGUAAACAUCCUUGUUAAAGACCACAAAAAAUGACAGUGCAACAGAAGACAUUUUUGAAGAAUAUGUGGACAUACUGCUGCUUGCAUCAACAAGAAAAACUUUUUUUUACUGUUUUAAUUUUUUAAUGAAUGAGUUUUUUACUAUGACUU